ACGGAUUAUAUUUCCACAAGAGUAUUAGUGGUGCCGGUAUUUUAUCCUUUCAGCCUUCCUCCUCAGUUCAGUCAGACAUCGUUACGGUGGAGUAUUAUGUAUGCAUGGUUGUUGGGCGGGUGAAGCAAGAGGAGCUGAACAGCCCUGGUUCCGAUGGACAAACGCAAAAGGAAAUCCGGCGGCGGCUUAUCCUAGCGGCGUCGGGCUUGGUGAAGGCGCUGAGCUGUUGGUGAAGGAAGCCAAGGCAGAGAAAUGGAGAUUCACUAAUCAAAAUCAGUUCCCACACCGACCAAGCCAGAGAAGGAAGAAGAGAAACUCCUCCACGGUUGCUUUGUGAAACCUCAAGAGGGCAUGAUAAGUCUUCGAUUACAAAUCGGUUCUUAAGGAUUGGGGAAAGAUUUUCCCAAUUCUGGCUCCACUUCCUAUUCAUGAAGUUACAAAUGGAUCUUAGGGUUAGCUAACCCAUCCCCUCCCGCUCAUUGGGAACACUGGCACUCAAGUUUCUCACCCGACUUCUUCUUCCCCACAUCGCUGGUUAUGGCAAUUGAAGAGUUUAUUUCUUGAUUGGCAACAACUCUCUUCCGCCGCUCAGAACUAUUCUGUGACUUGAUGUAAACCAUGCCUUUCUAAACGGAGUUAUUGAUGAAGAGGUAUACAUGGUGCAACCCCCAGGUUUUUCAAGUUCAGGACACUUCAUUGGUGUGUAAGCUUCAUAAAUCUCUAUAUGGCUUAAAACAAGCUCCAAGAGCUUGGUUUCUUAAGCUUACUUCAGUCUUAUAUGCUGCUGGGUUCAAACAAAGCAGAUGUGAUCCUUGCUUUAUUUUUUGUCAUCUGAAGUUCAGAUAUACAUCUUGAUAUAUGUUGAUGAUAUACUGGUGAUUGGGAAUAAUCCUACUGCUAUUGCUCAACUCAUUCAGAAAUUAGACUCAACUUUUUCUCUUAAACAUCUAGGAGAUUUAGAUUUCUUCUUGGGAAUAGAAGCAAGCAAACUACCUGAUGGCCGUCUUCAUUUGUCUCAGGCCAAAUACACAAGAGAUCUCCUCAAUAAGACAGGCAUGAAUAAGCAUGAUACAAUCAAAAGGAGCCAAAACUCCCAUGGUCAGCACUUGCAAGCUCACUAAUGAAGGCAGCAACUAUCUACCCAAUCCCUCACAUUACAGGUCCAUAGUUGGUGUUCUGCAAUAUGCCACUCUAACUAGACCUGAAAUUUGCUAUGCUGUUAAUAAAGUAUGCCAAUUCAUGGCUGCACCACUGGAAGAACACUGGCAGGCAGUAAAGCACAUGCUACGCUAUCUCUCAGGCACUAUCACUCAUGGUCUUAUAAUCAAACCCUUUCCCUUGAAAACUAUGUCUCUUUCCAUCUCAGCUUUCUGUGAUGCUGAUUGGGCUUCAGACCCUACAGACAGGAAGUCAACCUCUGGCUCCUGUGUCUUCCUUGGAUCCAACAUUAUUUCCUGGUGGUCAAGGAAACAACUUUGUGUUGCAAGAUCUUCCACAGAGGCAGAGUACAGAAUUCUUGCUUAUACUGCAGCAGAACUUCUGUGGAUACAAUUCCUACUGAAAGAACUUCAAGUUCCUUUUGCUAUUCCCAGUGAUAAUCUUAGUACUGUCCAGCUUUGCUCACAAUCCUGUCUUACACUCCAGAAUUAAACAUAUGGAGAUUGAUCUCUUCUUUGUGAGAGAAAAGGUUCACCUGAAGCAACUUGAAGUGUUCCAUAUUCCUGCUCUACAUCAGCUAGCUGAUGUACUGACUAAACCUUUAUCUGCUUCAAGAUUUCUGGAACUCAAGAACAAACUUAGUGUGAUUGAUCUCAGUCCUCAAUCACCCUAACUUUGAGGGGGGAAUGUUAGACAGACUUAUAGUUAGUCGGUUAUAAGUUUGUUAGUUUGUUCUCAUUUUCGGUUGACUUAGUUUAGUCUAUUGAGCUAAGCUUUGUAAGACCUAGCAAGUCUAUAAAUACUUUGUAUCAUCUUCUUCAAUCAAUA